AGCUCAUACAUAUUAAAUAUAUUUUACUAAUACACUUUCUAUUUCCCUCCAACUGUGAGAUGAGAACAUGGUACAGAGAACCUGCCGCAGCUUCCUUCACCAAUUGGCUCCAAAAUCAAAUGGUGAUCGUGUUCUGAGGAAAACCACAAUCUGCAAACAGCGCAUUACGGAGAUCAAAGUGCCUGCAGGAACUCGCAUCAGGGUCAACAACAACAAGCACAACCUGGUUCCAUCUCCACAGGAGGUGAUGAUGAAUCGCUGGGAGACGUUUCUGCACCAGGAGUUCAACUACGACCUGGUGAACUUCAACAGUGAGCAUUUUGCCACAUUUGUACGAUACGGCCACGCUGUGUGCAACCAGAUUCCUUUUAAGAAGAACGACACACAUGGGGAUACAACUCAAACCCUGGAACUGAUAAUGCAGCAACGGAUGGAGACAGAAAUUUAAGAUCUUCUGCUGUGCUUCUCAUGAACGUCAUCUGUCACACUGACUUUAAUAACGAGCAAAAAAUAAAACUCCUUGGCUGCAAUAUUGUCUGAGAAUUUUUCAUUUCAAAACUCAAAGAACAAUCAAAUCUGUUCAAUGAAAAGGAAAAAAAAGGAUGGCACAACAUUGAAACAUUGUUUCUGUGCCUCCAUGCUCACCCGAAAAAUCCUUAGCAAAGCCAAAAAAACUUUACCAACAAAGCAAACCAGAUAAGAGUCAGAAAAGUAUGUGUUUAUUAAGACUUCAGGAAUGUCAAUAACAGCGUUUCUAUACAGUAGGAGGGCUGAGGAGGCCAACGCGCAGACACAUUGACCUUCUGCUAUUCUCCUCGUUGAUAAUGAUCCAGACAAAGCCACACUGCCCAUCAACCAGACCUCUAAUGAAGCCAAACACUCUAUAUCAUCUGCUAAUAACCUCCCAACAGCAAGAGUCAUGAACAGGCCAGUGUCUUGUGAAUGAGAGGAGGGGAACAAAGCUCUGGGUGGACAGGAAGAAGUGGAAAGCAUCCUGUUUAUCGAUCUUAGACGGUGCACUGCCUGAUGGCACGUGGUGGUAGCUACAUUCUUCUUCUUCAUCCCCCAAACACACAAAGACAAAGACUACUGAAGCAAAGCAUGGAAAAAAAAAAAAAAAAAAAAAAACACACAC